UUCUGAUCUGUGGGCUGAAGUUUUCCAUUCCUGGUGUCUACCUCUUAUCUGAUGUAUUUUGAUGAUAUCAAAUAGAUGAUAGACACACACACACCUGUUUCUUAUGAGAACAAGACCAGGUCUGUUUAAGAGCAAAACACAGUCCUUAACUGCUAGUUUGAAAACGUCUGAGUGACUGCUACCCAAGUCAUGACGCUCCCAUUCCAAAAAGACAUAGACAAAUACAAGGAUCUUGAUGAGGAUGAAAUUCUGGGCAAGCUUUCAGAAGAAGAAUUAAAGCAACUGGAAACUGUUCUGGAUGACCUUGAUCCUGAGAAUGCACUUCUGCCAGCGGGCUUCCGACAGAAGGACCAAACUGCUAAAAAAGCCUCUGGUCCUUUUGACAGAGAGCGACUCCUUGCCUUUUUGGAGAAGCAAGCACUAGAACACAAAGACAGGGAGGAUUUUGUGCCUUAUACAGGAGAAAAGAAAGGAAAAAUAUUUAUUCCCAAGAAGAAGACUGUACAGUCAUAUAAAGAAGAGAAAGUGUCUCUUGAUCCAGAAUUGGAGGAAGCCUUGACAAGUGCCACAGAUACAGAACUAUGUGACCUUGCAGCUAUCCUGGGAAUGCACAAUUUGAUAUCGAAUGCUGAUUUCUGUGAUAUAGUCGGAAGUAGCAAUGGUGUUGACAAAGAGAGCUUCUCAAAUAUAGUAAAAGGUGAAAAGAUUUUGCCAGUUUUUGAUGAACCACCAAAUCCCACAAAUGUGGAAGAAGCCCUGCAGAGGAUUAAAGAUAAUGACUCUCGUCUUGUUGAAGUGAAUCUGAACAAUAUAAAGAACAUCCCGAUUCCAAGGCUGAAAGAAUUUGCAAAGGCUUUGGAAACCAACACUCAUGUGAAGAAAUUCAGCCUUGCAGCUACUCGAAGCAAUGACCCUGUUGCUGUUGCUUUUGCUGAUAUGCUGAGAGUGAACAAAACAUUGAAAAGUCUAAAUAUAGAAUCCAACUUCAUCACUGGAGCUGGCAUUCUGGCACUGACUGAUGCACUAAAAGAGAAUGAAACCUUGACAGAGAUCAAAAUCAAUAACCAGAGGCAGCAGUUGGGACAACCUGUAGAAAUGGAAAUUGCCAAGAUGCUGGAGGAGAACACACAGAUCCUUAAAUUCGGAUACCAGUUCACACAACAGGGACCACGGACCAAGGCAGCUUCAGCUAUCACAAAAAAUAAUGAUUUGGUCUGGAGUGUGCAAGUAAAAAUUUCUGCAAAUGCCCUUCCAUCUCUCCAGCCCUGAAGCUACAGAGACAGUUCGCAAGAGAAGGAUUGAAGGAGACCAUCAAUAAAUCUUGCUGCUGCCAGAAUGGAUUGUGUGAAGAUGUCAUAGAUCUUCAAGGCUCAUUGUGGGCUUAGCAGUCUCUGACUUCAUUUACCUGGGUAGAAGGGAAAAGACUGGAAACCCCAUUCCUUUUUUGUAAAAUUACAUUAAUUAUCUGUGUGGUAUGCAUCACGUUUCUCAGUUUCAGGCAUAGUACCUGCACCUGACUGUGCAGAGGUCAGGUUUUUUAAAAGAACUUUUUUGUAUUUCAAGAUUUCCUACUAUACUUUCUGCUGAAAUGAUGUAAAUUCAGAAAUCAAUGGAGUGGUUGUCUAUUCCACGUGAAGGAUCAGUGGGUAAAUAACGAAAACAAUUGGAGUAUGUUUCUGAUAGAAAAGCUGGGGUGGUUAUUUAAGUGGAAGGAUUUGUAUAUUUUUUUAGAACAAUGAUUUAGUGAAAAGGGAUUCUUCAUGCAGAACAAUUGGGCUUUUUGUAGCUAUUCAGCCUUGUUCAUAUGAACUUAAAGAUUAAUCUUUCACAGCUAUCACAGUUGCAGUUCUACUUUUUAUGUUCUUGAUCAGGUUAAAAUGCUUUAAUACUGUGAUUAAGCUUGAAAGUUGUCCAUUUUUAAAGCAAAAUGAAUUGGAUAAGGACUUCUACUUUUUUUCAACAUUCAGGAAUAAUAUAAAGUGAAGGUGCCUUGAAAAAUUAACAGUGUCUGUACUAAACCAAAAAGCCUCCAAAACACCUUAUGUUAGAAAAUAUUCUGAGACUAUACUUUGCUCUGAUGCGUCUAAACUGGGCAUAUACUUUUAGAUUUAAUUUUUGUAUGUUCCUCAGCAUUGUUUAGGGUAUAGCAUUCUUUGUUUAAAAAUAUCUAUAUCUAAAUAUCGUAAAAGGCAUAGGAGUUUUCUAGAAGUAGUGGACAUGCAUUCUUUAAGAAAUGCUGGCUAGUGGGUGCUGAAAAAGCAAUCUUAUGAACUGUAAAAAUCCUAUGGUCCAUGGUGGUAGUUAGUUGGGAAUUUUGUUUGUUAAACUAAAAUCAGUCAUACUUCCUUCUGUAUGAAAUGGUGACAACUGUAUCAGGCAAGUUUUUGUCUGUCACAAUGAUAAAAGGUCUUCCUGUUCCACUGACUUAUGGUCCUAUUGUCAUGAUGUAAACUACGCUGAUACUUAACUAGUUCUAACAAAUUUCUAACGUGUUGGACAGUAUAUUCACAAUAUUAUUCAAGACCAUUUAUUGAAGAUAGGCAUUUAGUCAAAUGUGUCACUGUAAAUGUUAUCAAGUUCUGUAUCUGUAACUAACUAGGUAACAAAAGUCACUUCACUUUUUAGUAUCAAAUAGAAGUGGACUUUUUGGGGGUAUUGUGAAAUUUAAAUAAUUUUUACUCGUGCUGUUUUUUGAAUUGCACUAUAUGAAAUGCUAUAAUGUUGCCCAUUAUGCCAUAAAAGUAGAAGCACAUUCUAAGGAACUAGACAACUACAUUUACAGUGACGCACAGUUCAAACGUUGUAAGUGUCAAUAUCCUUAAAAUGAUCAUAAGUAUGGUGAGUUUAUAUAAACUAUGUAUAGGUGAUGUGAAAGAAGAAUGUCUAGAACAGAUUUAUGCAUCAGAUUUGGAGAAAUUUACACUGUAAUUGUGCCCACAUGUUCUGUUAUAAAUCAUGCUUUUUUAGGUUUGCUCUUCUUUUCUCUGAAAAUGAAUUUAAACUUGUGGCAUGUGUACAAUGACUUUUAAGCUAUGAACCUCCAAUGAAGAUGUAAAUACCUAGGUUUAUAAGGGUAGAAAAAUUAGUGAUUUUUUUUUUUUGUGGUUCAUUCUAAAUGAACCUAUUAUAGCUUAGAUAGCUAUGUAAUCUUGCAAGAAUGAAAAGGAAGUUGGGACAAUUUCUAUUAAAACCAAAGAUAUCUUGCAUUCACACACUGUUCAGUAGCCAGAAAUUAUGUGAUUGGUCAUAAAAAGAGCACUCCUUUUUGUCUUUUGGCUUACAGUAUUUUACAUAAUUUAAGAGGUCUUUGAAAGAUGCUGUUCUGAAGUUUUAGUUCAUAAAUAUUUGCUUCCAAACAUGAAUUAAAAGCUAAGUGUCUUUUUCAAGAGAUGGUGCUGUACAGAUGUGGCCAAAGCAUAGUAUACAUGUAACCUGUCUCAAAUUGUAUGUUUAAGGUGCCUAAUUUAUAAAACACCAAGUAACCAUUUUGUGUCAAAUAAACUGUAAAACUUCCCUUCCGUCUGUUUGAAGGUGCUGCAUAUCUUUCAAAUCUGUUCCUGUUAUUUGUUUAAUCAACAGUUACGCAAAUUUGCUAGCUACUGUAUAUUCUAAUCCAGGUGGAAAAUGAUACGCUGGGAUGGACUAGGUAACGAAAAAUUAGUCUGUUGCCUAUUUGAAUUAAGUCUGGCUCCUUAAUGGUCUAAGUCCAAAUCUGUGGCUUAGGAUAAAGUGGUCAAGGGUUUUGUUAUAAUUAAAGUAGCAGACCACCUUGUGCCAGCCCUUACUAGUGUAACCAGCAUAAUCCUAUUGAAAUAAAUAGGUGCAGCUCCGUAGACAUCCACUGAGCAUUUGGCUACCCAUUGGCAAUCUAAGCAGAGAAAAGUCAGACAGAUUGGACAUGGAGAAUAAACUACUUGGCCUUGAGGAUUAUCCCUUCAAGUUUGGUUUGAGGUAUUUUUGGCAGGGGAGCAGGGAGAAACUUUAAUGUUUGCUGCCUUUCGUGCCUGUGGUAUACCUUUUCUGGGGAUAAAUGAAGGUAGGAAUCUAGCUUUCAGUGAGUAACCAUAAACAGACUCAGAAUGCGGAGCUAACUUUCAGAUUUACUGGCUUCAUAUAUAUAGUAAAGACUUGAGUAUGAUGAGUACAUAUGGUAUUGAUUUUUGUAAUAAAUUAGCAUAUAUACUGGGCCUGUUUCCCAAAAGACAUGACAUUUGUGUGCUUUUUAAGCUUGAUUCUUGGUCAAGUCACUUCAGUUUUGAAAAUAGGCAUUAAUCUUGGAAAACAAUCCAAUGACCACAUGUUUUGUUGUUUAUCUUGGGUUCUAUCCUCAAGGAAGAGAAUCAUGGACUGAAUAUAUUCCCAAAACCUUUUGUAAACUCUCUUCGUCCAGUUGCACUCUAGAGAAAUGGUCUCAUUGUCUCCACAGCUUUUUUGGUAUGUAUAAUAUUGUUUGUAAGCUACAAACAAUGGUCUGUUCAAUUUAAAUUUCCAUGGAGGAAAUGCGAAUUGAGUAUGUCAGCAUAUCGGCACUCUAUGCUGUUGAAUUGUAAUACAGUAAAAUAUCUGAAGAAUCAAAA